AUGCUUGAAGAUGCGGAAUUUGUUAUUCAACAAAUAAAAGUUCUUAAACCUGGAAAAUCCUCAAUUUAUGGUAAGUUCGAUACUUCUCCAAAUAUUUUUUGGCAACUCGCCUUUAAGCUCAGAUCUGUUAACAACAAUGUGGAAUAUUGCACAUUAAUGUUGUUGUUUGCGGUUCGUAACCAACACGAAGAAUUUAAACUUGACCAGCAAUGUAAAGUAACUCACGUGAUUGUUAAUGGUGUAAUUACCAUAUUAGGAUGUCUCGAGUAUUUGACAACUCAUACCUUUUCUCACCUGAUCUGUUCCUUCGAUCGCGAAUAUCUUUCAUUGAGUCAGAGUGAACUUGUUUAUCAUUACAUGAUGAAACCAAAAGGAGAACAACCUGUUGCAUCUACUUCCUCUCAGGCACCAAAGCGCAAAAGAAAGUUUAUCAUAGCUAGUUCGUCCGAAGAAGACAACACCACGGUUUUAGAUAUGGUUCAAACUAGAAGUGCUAGGAAAAAAGUAAAGGCGGCUAAAGAAAGUCGUAUCAUUUCUGAUUCCUCUGAGAUUGAAGAAUCCACGGAUGAAUCCUCAGAACUGAGUGAUGAGGAAAUUUCAGAAGAUUCUGACCAAAUGGUCACAGAUGAUUCAGAUGAAUCUACAAUUGCAACUAGAUCAAAGCGAAGGGUGAAUCGUGUUAAUUAUUCGGAUGAAAAGUACUUUAAAAGUCGUCUUGGUAAUGAUCCGAAUGAACUAAAAAAAAGGAAGAGAUCUUUCCCCGAAAAUAAAUUCGAUAAUAGACGUUUUAAACAUUUAUCAUCUAGACUAAACGAUUAUAGCAAGGAGGUUGAAAGUUUAGAUAAUACUGUAAUCGUUUCAAUAGAUAACUCUGAAUUUUAUGAAACCGUGGAUGAUGAACUUUUAAAAGAUAAUGACGAUGAUUCUAAUGAAGAAGAAUCUUUUACAGAAAGUUCGAAUAAAAAUUCUGAAGACGACGAUUAUUCUGAAAGUGAUCAAUCUAAUCCAAUGAUUGAUCCUAUUUCAUCUACCAGAGCAAAUAAUUCACAAUUUAUUGCUGCACAUCUUGAUUGGUGUAAAAAGUGUGGAGGUUCGGCGAAAAGAUAUUAUAGUGAAAAAGGACCGUUGGUUUUGUGUGAAUAUUGUUCGAAUUCUUAUCAUUCGACCUGUUAUUCUAGAAAAACGACAAAUGCAAAAAUUUUAUGUCAGCUUUGUAGUAAAUCGGAUUCACAUGUAUCUAGAUGUAUGGUUUGUCACAAGGGACCUAGUAACAGAGAAAAGACUUCUGAAAGUAAUGAAGAUUCUCAAAAUUCAAUUAAAAGUGUUGAGACUAGCUUAGAUCCGGAGGAUUCACAAGUUUUCUUUAGAUGUUUACGUUGCUCUCAGGCUAUACAUGAAAGUUGCCUUCCGUUUUUGAACGAGGAAGAAUCGCUGAGUGAAAAAAUGCAAUCAUAUCGAGAAUCUUGGAAUUGUCAUCUGUGCCUGAAAUGGGAAGAUAAAAUAGAUAAAAUUUUGACGUUUAGGAAGUUAUCUGUAAAAAGUGAUAAAGAGGGAUCAAUGGAAGUUUCAAGAUCUCAAAUUGAAGAUAUAAAUGCAGAUUCCGAUAAUAUUGAAGAUUAUGAAUUCCUUGUAAAGUUUGAAGAUAUGUCCUAUCUUCAAGUUGAAUGGGUACCUGGCCCUUGGGUGUAUGGAAUUAGCCCAACCAAGUAUAAUUAUUAUAUUAGAUCACAGCCAGAGCCAUUGACCAAAGAGGAAGCAAUUAAGAGUUAUUGGACGGAGAUACAUCGUAUACUUGAUGUACAAUUUAAAAAUGAAGUAACCUUACGUGAACAACUUGUGAACAAGCAUAAAAAUUUGGGUAAAGGCGUACCGGUGCAAGCCUAUGUUAAGUGGAGAGGUCUUAAUUAUGCAGAUGCCACUUGGGAACCCAUAAAAAAUUUAGAUAAAAGAAAAUUCGAGAAGGCCUAUCAGAUUCGGAAAAAUUCAUAUGCAAUUAAGAAGCCCGAUAUCUUUGUAAAUAGAACAUUUGUUCCACAUAAAGCUCAACCCUCAUAUCUAAAACAUAAAAAACAUUACAAUACGCUUAAGGAUUAUCAGCUAGAUGGGGUGAACUGGAUGUUACAUAAUUGGUGCAAUGAGAUUUCUUGUAUUCUCGCAGAUGAAAUGGGUUUAGAAAGGAAUUGUUAUCCAUUCCUUAUUGUUGCACCAAAAUCUACUACAGCUGGUUGGGCCCGUGAAUUCAAAAGAUGGGCAAAGGAAUUGAACGUUAUUGAGUAUCAUGGAGAUGGUGAAUCUCUAAAGGUUGUUGAAGACCUUGAAAUGUUCCCUGAUGGAACUAAUUUAAAAUGCCAUGUAGUCAUCACAACUCCAGAGGCAAUACAGCAACACACAAGUACAUUCUUAAAGGUUCCUUUAUGGGAGGUGUUGGUUGUUGAUGAAGCACACAGUACGCCGAUGAUGAAUUGUAUUGAUGAACUCUUUAAUUUACUCAAGUUCCUUGGUCAUAAGGAAUUCGAAAAUCCAAAGGAAUUAGCGGAAGAGUACCAAGGACUACCCUCGGCAGAUCAAUUGCCUGCUUUGCAUAAACUACUCAAAUCUUAUUUUUUAAGACGCACAAAGAGUCAGGUUAAUUUAGGCCUUCCGCCAAUGGACGACAUUAUAGUCCGUGUUUCAAUGACUCCAAUACAAAAAACAAUUUAUAAAGAAACACUUGAGAAAAACGCGGAUUUUCUUAAACGUGUUGCCAGGACAAAUCGAUCGACAGGCUUUACAAAUAUUUUAAUGAGUUUAAGACAGAUAGUUUGCCAUCCUUAUAUAAUUAAUCGUGAAGAAAUCGAUCCUGAUGAAGAAAGGACGACAGAUCAAGAGGAGAAUCGUAAGAAAAAACUUGUCGAAACAAGUGGAAAAUUGAUCCUUUUACGGGAUAUGCUUAUGAAAUUACAUGGCACAGGACAUCGUGUACUUAUAUUUUCUCAAUUCGUUUCAAUGCUGUCUAUAUUGGAAGAAUUCUUGGAGGAUUUAGGGUAUAAAUAUGUUAAGCUUGAUGGUAGUACCGACAAUGAGAUAAGGCAACAAAAUAUAAACGCAUUUCAGGCCCCAGAUUCCGACAUAUUUGUUUUCUUAUUAUCUACGCGUGCAGGAGGUGUUGGACUGAAUUUAAUGGCCGCGGAUACUGUAUUUAUAUUCGAUCCUGAUUUUAAUCCCCAUCAAGACAUACAGGCUUUGAGUCGCCCCGUUAAAGUUUAUAGGUUUAUUACUCAAUUUUCAAUCGAAGAAAAAAUUGUCGAAAAGGGGAAGAUAAAGCUUGCGAAAAAUGAACUAGUUGUAGAAAAAAUGGACAAUGAAGUUCUUGAUGUCAAAGAAGUUGACGAUAUUAUCCGUUAUAGUGCCAAGGCUUUAUUUAGCGAAGACAAUAACGAAAAACCGGUAGGACCAUAUACCGACGAAGCCAUUGAGAAACUUCUGGACCGUAGCCAAAUGAAAGCAGCAGAGCUUGUUACUGAAUCCAAGAAUCUAACAGGUUUUGCAUUUGCAAGAAUUUGGGAUACUGUAAGUCAGGAAGUAGUGGAUGAAAGUAUCAUUGCGAAUGUAGAUGUAGAAGAAUCUGUUGAGUCGAGAGACUUCUGGAGCAAACUUUUGGCUCACGUUGCAACGACUGCCUCUGCUGAAGAACCUUUACAAGGCAGGGGAGCUCGGAAGCGAAAUCAAGUAGAUUAUUAUGAGGGAGAUAUAUCAACUCCCAGAAAGAAAAUGGGAAAGAAACGCUCAAUAGAUCCAGAUUUUAUUCCUGUAGAGAAGGAAGAAGUUAUUUCAUCGGAGACGGAUACCGAGAAUGAGUUGGAGGAUCUUAGUGUACUUGAUAUUUCUGGUAGAAAGCCGGCGUCUUUUAGGGGAGGGAUACUUACGAACAGGAAAAACGAUGAAACGAAGAAAUCAAGACAAUCAAGACCAAAUGAUGACACGAACAAUAUUACAGCGAUGGUGCCUGGACCUGGUCUUCACAAUAUUAACAAUUUUACUUCAGAUCACCAAAUUCAACUACAACAGAUAGUAUCAUCUCAUCACACACCUGUAAAUAACACGACAGAUAUGACUGUUGUUAAUCGUAAAGUGGCUUCGACUACAGAGGUGGAUCACAAUUUACCUCAACGUGAAAAUCAAGGAAAUGGUACACCGACCUCGCAAGCUAAUUUUAUAACGGUCAACUCGAUUGAUUCUCCGACAACUCAGCCUAAUACUUCUACACAACCUAAUGUGGCAAAGGAUAAUCACAAUAAUCCUGUGCAUCCUGUAAUGUCAAUGCAAUCCGAACAUCCCACCUCACAAUUAACAGUUCCGCAAUAUCAGACUCUAACUCCGUACCAAGCGAAAGCUCCCAAUAUGAAGUCAAAAUCAGUUAAUUCGAAUUCUCGAGGUGUUAUAAUUCGAGAGUUAAACGUGGAGGCACUGAAAGUGAAAAUUGAUAAAGCUUCAUCAUCCAAAACCAAUAAUAAUGAUGAUAAGCAUCAGGAACCUGUCAUCAUUUCUGAUGAUGAUAUGGAACCACAAAAUCACAUGAUACGACAAUAUGGGGAACGAAAAGUUUUAGAAGCGAAUAAUAUUGUAUCUACUCCAGUUUCAUCUAAGCCAGCAAUUAUGAAAACUCCAAACAACAAAGGGAAACAAAUUGUUUCAAAUAAAAACACUUCUUAUAAUGCUGAACAUAAUACAAGUAAUUCUGUAAGAGAUAUCGAGGAAUUUGUGCGAUUAUUUGAUGAAAUACAAAGGAGCGAUGAAGAUUUUGGAUUAAGGCAGAUUGCUAUAACUAGAUUAUACCAUAAAUUAACUUCAUUAGGUUUUAAUAUUGAAGGUCAUAUAACUAACUUGGCAGCAAGAGGUAAAUUAGAUCAUGAACUUUUGAGAUCGUUUAGAAACUCAUGA